GCUCGCGGCGCCGCCUCCCGCUCCUCCCGCCGCCGCCCUGAGUCACUGCCUGCGCAGCUCGUCCGCCUGGCUCCCCGUGCUAGCCGCCGUUCCUGCGUUCACGUUCCCGCUCCAAGAUACUUAGCUAGCUGUUUUGUUUUUAAGAUAUUUGGCGUUCGUACGACAUGGCAGACAUCGACAACAAAGAACAGUCUGAACUUGAUCAAGAUUUGGAUGAUGUUGAAGAAGUAGAAGAAGAAGAAACUGGUGAAGAAACAAAAAUCAAAGCGCGUCAGCUGACUGUUCAGAUGAUGCAAAAUCCUCAGAUUCUUGCAGCCCUUCAAGAAAGACUUGAUGGUCUGGUAGAAACACCAACAGGAUACAUUGAAAGCUUGCCUAGGGUAGUUAAAAGACGCGUGAAUGCUCUCAAAAACCUUCAAGUUAAAUGUGCACAGAUAGAAGCCAAGUUCUAUGAGGAAGUUCAUGAUCUGGAAAGAAAGUAUGCUGUUCUCUAUCAGCCUCUAUUUGAUAAGCGAUUUGAGAUCAUUAAUGCCAUUUAUGAACCUACAGAAGAAGAAUGUGAAUGGAAACCAGAUGAGGAAGAUGAAAUUUCGGAGGAGCUAAAAGAAAAGGCCAAGGUUGAAGAUGAGAAAAAGGAUGAAGAGAAAGAAGACCCCAAGGGAAUUCCUGAAUUUUGGUUGACUGUUUUUAAGAAUGUUGACUUGCUCAGUGAUAUGGUUCAGGAACAUGAUGAACCUAUUCUGAAGCACUUGAAAGAUAUUAAAGUGAAGUUCUCAGAUGCUGGUCAGCCUAUGAGUUUUGUCUUAGAAUUUCACUUUGAACCCAAUGAAUAUUUCACAAAUGAAGUGUUGACAAAGACAUAUAGGAUGAGGUCAGAACCAGAUGAUUCUGAUCCCUUUUCUUUUGAUGGACCAGAGAUUAUGGGUUGUACAGGGUGCCAGAUAGAUUGGAAAAAAGGGAAGAAUGUCACUUUGAAAACCAUUAAGAAGAAGCAGAAACACAAGGGACGUGGGACAGUUCGUACUGUGACCAAAACAGUUUCUAAUGACUCUUUCUUUAAUUUUUUUGCCCCUCCUGAAGUUCCUGAGAGUGGAGAUCUGGAUGAUGAUGCUGAAGCUAUCCUUGCUGCGGACUUUGAAAUUGGUCACUUUUUACGUGAGCGUAUCAUCCCAAGAUCAGUGUUGUACUUUACUGGAGAAGCUAUUGAAGACGACGACGAUGAUUAUGAUGAAGAAGGUGAAGAAGCGGAUGAGGAAGGGGAAGAAGAAGGAGAUGAGGAAAAUGAUCCAGACUAUGACCCAAAGAAGGAUCAAAACCCAGCAGAGUGCAAGCAGCAGUGAAGCAGGAUGUAUGUUGCCUUGAGGAUAACCUGCACUGGUCUACCUUCUGCUUCCCUGGAAAGGAUGAAUUUACAUCAUUUGACAAGCCUAUUUCAAGUUUUUUGUUGUUUGUUUGCUCGUUUUUGUUUUUGCAGCCUAAAAUAAAAAUGUCAAAUAUAAUUUUAGUUCUC